UAUGAUGUCACAGCAAGACAGCGGCUUCUGUUGAGAACUAUUAUCAUGUACAGGACUUCCCCUGAUAACUGGUGCAGUUCCUAGUCAGUUGUCAAGAUGUUGGCCGCCUUACUGCUCAUCUUGACCUCCGCUAGCAGUUCACAAGACAUUUGCCAGCUGUGUGAUUGUCUGCCCAGAGGUGAUAACCCAGUCCAAGCCUUCUGUGUUGAUAACAGUUUUGGUGAUAAGGAGUUUUCACUGGCCACUUCAUCUCAAGCUUCCACUCUCCAACUUGUGUAUAUUAAUGGUAUUAAAACAGUGAACUUUGGACUGAAUUCAUUUCUAACAGAAAAACCUCUUGAUCUUCUAAUUCAAAACUGUUCUGAAGUUAACAUUUACAACAACUCUAUCAAUCAUCUCCGUUCGCUUGUGAUACAAAACAUAAAAUCAGUGAAGGUGGGAGCUCUUAGUCAACCAGACCUGUGGUCAGUAAUACUUGAGAACAUUGAUCUGCUGACCUUGGAUGAAGCCAUCAGUUUUAAUGCCAUCAACUAUACUGUCAAAAUUGGUAAUGUUGGUUCACUCACUGUUCUGGGCACUCAAGAAGAAAGGAACUGUUUUGAAAACUUGGAGUUGCAAUUUACAUUUUUUGACUGUGUGUUUAACCCAAUACCAGAGGGAGGACUGAUAAUUUGUGGCAAUCACAUCAAACUAGAAAAUAACACAUUUGAAUCUGUAGCUGAAGGAGGUUUCAAAAUCACGGCAGAAUCCAGUAUCAAGAUUGUAAAUAACCACUUCAAGCAUCUCAACAAGAAGGUGUUUAACCUCAGUUCUCCGGGAAUAUACAUCAGUGGCAACAACUUUGACAUUCUUCCUGCUGGAGCUUUAAGUGACGUUUCUACACUUCAAGACACGUUCUUCACAAACAACACAAUCCAAGAUGUAGACCUAGGUGGUGUAUUGUUAGACAUGGGCUGGGGAAUGACGAUAGAGAAUAACUUAAUCAAUUGUGACUGUGCUUCAAAAAGAACAAGUAUUUUGAAUCCAAAGCAAGAUAUGCUGAUUCUAACAAACUCUUCUCAUGAAAUAUUACAAAGUAUUUUCUUCAACAACUACUGCAGCUUAGACUGUACAGUGUCGUUGAAAGAUUUCAGUUAUGCUUUGAUUCAAGGAGACGUCUGUCUCACAAACAACACUCGAUUGGAGGAGGAAAAAUUGUGUGAUAUGAACAUUCUACCAGAUUAUGUGACAGAAAGUGAAACUGAAAGUUCCCCAGUCUCUGAGGCCACCAGGGUAGAGUUGUUAGUUCCUCUCAGUAUUAUCUUAAUUAGCUUACUUGUGAUAAGUUCAGCUUGCUAUGGUGUAAAGGAAAUGAAAACGUUUAGGUUUGUUUUCAACCCCCAUAGAAACUUAGAUCCAAAGCUUUCAUCAGAACUACCAAGUAUUCCUGGAGCUGGAAAUAAUCAGUAAGAUUAAAUUGAGCUUUAACAGCACAAUGUAAGGUUUUGCUCUGGAGAAGAGGACUUUCAGAAGUAUUUAAUUAACAGUAUGAAUGUUAAAAUGCUAGAACAAAAUACAAAUUUGUUAUUGUCGUAAAACAAGUACAGAAUUCGACAUUGGUACAGUAAAUCAAGUUUAAGUUUAGAGUAAAAAAGUUAAGGGUAAACUUGUUCUACCAUAGCAAUAUUUUUGCAAAUAAUAUUUUAUUGAAACAGAUUGACAAAAUAGAGAUUAUGGAGAGGUGACUUAUUAUACGUUUCAGUGGCUUGGAGUGAAAUAAAAUGAAAUAAAAAAAUUAUUUAUUUAGACAGGCAAAGUUAGGGCCACAUGGCCCUUUCUUACACUUAACCUGUACAAAUACACCUGGAAUAUGAUUCCUCAUACAAAAAUAAAAAUAUCAAAUGAAGGUAUAUCCGAAAAUGCAUAUCUACCCAGAUAUCAGCCACUUUUAUGUUUUAGAUGUUUUUUAUAUAUACACAUUUUUAUCUUUUAAUUCAUCCAACCGAUCUUUAUUAAACAUGGUAUGUAUUUUAAGGUAAAAAUAUCUAUUUUCCCAGAGGGUCAUUGUGUACUUUUAUCAUUCUACGUUUUUGGACACCCUGUAUGUAAUUGUCUUGUAAGUAUAUUUUCUGGACAAUAAGGUGUAAAAUAUAAACUCAAUCCUUUUUUCACAGGCCUAAAAUAUAUAAUACCUUUUCUCAGGCCUUUUUUCAAUUUUGUGUCUAUGUGAUACUGACAUGUAAAAAUACAAGUUUCUGAUUUACAAUCUUUAUUACUGUUGGUAAUAUUUCUUUUAAAUAAGUAGAGAACAUCCAGAAUUGUUUUUAGAUAGUUUAUAAGAUGUAUUAAAUACUGAAAAAUGUUUACCUUUACUAUAUGUUAUUAUUUACCUGUUAUUGUUAUUGAAAAAAAGAAACUUGUUUUUACUUUCAACUAGUGUACCUGUUGCUCGAAUUCGAGCAAUUGCUAAG